AUGUCAUUGGAAUCAAGUCCCUUGAAGGAGAGUGUCGUUGAUAUGUCCGAUAUGAUUACUGCACCUGCAGGAAGAAGUCUUAGAAAGGUUGGAAAAAAGACCAAGAAAUAUUCAUUCAGUCGUUGGAAAAAAAUGGAAUUAUUGGAUCUUUGUGAAAAGUUGAAAUUGGAUGAUAUUUCUACUUCUGCUACCAAAACUGUUGUAAUUGAUCUAGUUGAACGUUAUUUGGCUUCAUUGGCACACCCAUUAGACACAGAAAUUGAAUUCCCUGAAUUGAAGGAUUAUUUUGAUUCCGUACAACCAGCUAGCGAUGAAGAACAUGUUGCACCAAUUGUAGUUGAAAAAGAAAAUAAUAAUGACGCAACAAACUAUAAUACAUUAAAUUUUAAAGAGAAUGAAAUAUCCGGUAACGAUGAUGAAACACCAUUUAAAUUUAAUUUACAAGAAAGAUUUUGUGAUAUUGUCGAAUCUACAAAGAUUUUAAAUGAAAAUGUACAAGAUUUCUUCUCAAGUUUAAUUACAAUUACUAUUAUUUUCCAAAUUAUUGAAGCAUUAUUAUUAAUUCAAGAUUUUUUCCAAAAUGAUCGUAACAACGAUUAUAAUUUAAUUGUAUUAUUACUUGUAUGGGCUAUAACAUAUGUUGGUGUACCAAUGUUGUUCGCUUAUUAUUUCAAUUUUAUCCGUUAUGAUCUAAUGAUUGAAAUUGAUCCAAUGAUGAUGAAUAUUACUAAAGGGUUGUUAUUCUUAUUAUUACAACAUAGUCACAUUAACACUACAUCGACAAAUCAUAUUAUUGAUAACUUCUCUGAUGGUGUUUCUUCCUUCAAACAUUCUAAAAUUUGCGGAUGUUUCCUAAUGAAGUACCUUGGUGUUAUGAGCUCUAUUUUAGGUAAUAUUCCAUUUAUCUUUGCAAUUGUCGGCUCAUUGAUCACAUUAUACGUAUUGUGA